GGCAGAAAGAGAGGGACCGCGUCCAGUUUUCACAUCCCCCUCGCCCCCUGUAUCCUCUGCAUAACGCCGAAGCUCUGAACCAACUACGCGUUCAUUAUGGUUGCAGUCCAGGCAGGAAAGGUGCUCGUUACGGGCGCGAAUGGAUUUAUUGCGAUGUGGGUCGUAAAGUCUCUCCUCGACCAGGGCUACAUCGUCCGUGGCACGGUACGCUCGGAGAGCAAGGCAAAGCACGUCCGCGAGGUGUUCUCUCGCUAUGGCGAUAAGUUCGAGGUGGUCAUUAUUGACGACAUCACGAAGCCUGGAGCGUUCGACGAGUAUGUUAAGGAUGUCGAUGCUAUCGAGCACACCGCGUCGCCCUUCCACUUCAAGGCGAACGACCCGGACGAGCUCAUUGUCCCCGCUGUGCACGGUACGACGCGUAUACUCGAAUCCGCGCUCGCACACGGCAAGAACGUGAAGCGUAUCGUCAUCACUUCCUCUACGGCUGCCGUGCUCACUAUACAGAGCGCGCCGCGCGUGUUCACGGAGGCAGAUUGGAACGAGGGCGCGAUCCAGCUCGUCCACGAAGAGGGUGCGAAGGCACCCAACGCCAUGAAGUACCGCGCGAGCAAGACGCUCGCGGAGAAGGCCGCCUGGGAAUUCGUGGAAAAGAACAAGGGGGUCUUGGGCUGGGACUUGGUCGUGCUGAACCCGCCGUACGUGUUCGGCCCCGCCAUACACGAAGUCGGCGCCCCCGAGGCGCUGAACGAGAGCAUGCACGACUGGUUCCACACAGUGUUCAAAGGCUCGAAGACGAAGGAGCAGCUGGCGUCCAUCGGAUCAUGCUGGAUCGACGUCCGCGAUCUCGCGGAAGCGCACGUCCUCGCGAUCAAGAAGCAGGAGGCAGGUGGCGAGCGGAUCAUGGUCUCGGAGGGUCCCUACAAAUGGCAGGACUUCGUCGACGCCGCACAGAAGUUCUACCCCAAUGUGUCUCCACGCGAUGAGGCCUACAACCCCGCGAAGGCGACCCACCAGAUUCAGUACGAUACGUCGAAGGCCGCCAAGUUGUUGGGAAUCAAGUACCACUCGAUUGAAGAGGGCACCAAGGACAUGGUCGAGGACUUCAAGGCCAGGAACUGGAUCUAAGGAGCCUCAGGGACUUACAUGCAGAAGGAAGCCCUAGAAACUGAUUCGGAGUGUACUUUCUGAUGUUUGUGGGUGCAUUGAACAAAGGUGAAGAUGCGCCAGCUGGAAGCAUACCAGCAUUGCUGCUGCAGCUGGUCAAUGAAAUGUCUGGAGAAUCU